CAAUCGCCGAAAGCUUUUUCGGACAGAUGUUUUCGUCAUAAUAAGCAACAAUCCAACUUUAUAAACAACUCGUCGGGCUGGAAAACUCUUCAAAUCUGAGGAUUGGGCCGUUAUUGUGAACAUGGCGCUUAUUGAGAACCUCAAUGCUGACUGUGUGCUUAAAAUUGUAGAGUACCUCAAUCUGGAGGAUCAGCUGAAGCUGUGGAAGAGUUCCGAGCCCGCAUCGCGACUGAGAUCGCUGAUAUCCUACAUCUGGCAGCGCCAUGGGGAGCAUACCAUUGAAUCUUAUACAUUCGAUGGCGACUAUGAGCUACUGAACGAAUUCCUGCAGUGCAUUCGCCUCACGGUGUCGGAACUUACGCUCCAAUACCUGACCAUGGAUCAACUGGAGCGGUGGAGGGGUCACACCUUCCCCAACAUGCGUCAACUGACCUACUUGGGCGAUGAGACCAGCGACAUAGAAGGAGACGCCGACAUCGCCAUUCUGGUGGACUUAUUCCCGCAGCUAGAAGCCAUCGGGGUGAGCGGGAAUACCACUGGUAACCACAUCAGCCGUUGGCGGAACAUUCGCCGACUGGACCUUCAGCUGUGCUGGUACCUGAGCCCCCAGGCCUUCGAGGAUAUCUGCCAGAACCUGCGACUACAGACACUCAGCAUCCAGUGGCAAAAGAUUGAGGAGAAUGCCUACGUGCGGUCCAUCUGUAUGCUGCAGGAACUGGAGGAGCUGGAGCUGGACAUAGUUUACCUUAGCAGGGACAACAUCAGCCAACUGUUGGGCCUGCCCAAGCUGAAGACGCUGCGCCUGCACGACUUCGACCAGUUGGACGAUCUGCUGUGGAAUAUUGGAAGCAUAAGGGGUCAAGAUGUGUUGACUGCCGCAUUCAGUAAUAAUAUCUGGAUGAGGCCAACGGAGGUGCUGGCCAAACUGCGAAAUCUCCGAUGCUUAACGCUCGUCGAUGAUGAAGGAUGUGCUGUCAUUAACUUUUCCACGAUCAUAAAAUGCUUUCCGCUCUUGGAGCAACUGCAUUUGGAGAACUCGCGCAUAUGGGUCAAUGCCGAUGGUAUAUGGGACGUGCUCCUUGCCUCUCCCCGUCUCAGGGAACUCAGCAUCUCCAACCAUGUUCUGUACGACGAGUUCUUUGCCUUCAACAAGUCAACAAUGAACCGUGCCUUAAAUCAGCGAACGGAGCCUCUGACCAUACAUUUUUAUAAAACCGGAAUGGAAGACAUGGUUUCCAAGCACUUUAAACAUCCCAAUCUUAAUGUUUCCUUCAGUGCGACUAGUAGCAGCUUUUCACAAUUACCUGGCGAAUGUACUGAACUGGAAUUUGAACGCUACGAGUCGUGAUUUGUUUAGUUAACUAGCUUAGUUAACUAUUAUCUUAACGGACCAAAAUAGUGCUAUUUAUAUUUUAUUGAUAAGUCUUUCGUCGAUAAGCUGGCUAUUAAAAAGUGAUUGUUAAUAUUGA